AGCCGAGUAAAGAUAGACCAGCAGACAAGGCCCCGUAGCGUUGGAUCAGCAUAUUAGAAAACACGCAACGGAUCGGAUACUGACGAGGGAAACGUUGUUAUUAUCCGUAGAAUGCAUUGUUCCGAGGGCUACAUGAGAUAGAGCUCUGUGGCGCUUCUAGGUCGGACCUUUCUUCAUAUAACAGAGCCAUGAGACCGAAUCCUGAUGUUGACGCCGCGGAGAGAAGCCGAGUGUACUCAACCGCUGACGUCACAUUCCUUCUGCAGGACAUUCGCCGCAAGUUCCUAACUUUUUGCAGCCACCACAGCUCGAAACCGCCAUCUAGCGGUUCAUUUCUGGAGGAGAACGAACAACUGGCCGUGGUGCUGGACCCGUGCCAUGGCGAGAGCCUGACGCAUGUGCUGGAAAGUGUGGUGCCCACUUUACGGGUCUGCUCGCGGGAGUUAGAGCGGAGCUGGAGCACCAUGCCCAACACACUACUUAUCCCGUUCUACACACCAGAGCGGUGGCGGCUAGUCGCUGCACAAAUAGAUUAUGCCAAGCGGUCGGCCACGAUCUUCUGGAUCGACCCCCGUGGUAGGGGCGCAUUUCCAAGACGUUUGAUGGAUUCUCUCCGACUUCCUCUGGCAAAUUCCAUAUCGGAGUUCACCAAAAAUCAGUGCGGACUUUCGACGCAGACGACGCUGUCAGAACGGCCCUUUGUGAUGAUAAAUGCGCGGGAGUUGGAGGAAGAUAUACAAGGAUAUGGCGUGAACGAGAUCGACAGCGGACCAAUCAUCGUGCAGAUAGUGCGAGACUUCAUCCUGGGGACGAGCGUUCCGUCGAUUCUACCUGCCUGUGACACUCAACAUGAGGACCAACUGGGGGAAAUACGUGAAGGAGACUUGAAGAUCCUUAAAGAAUUUAGACUCCACAACAUCGAUUAUAUUGAGAGAGAGAAUGGGGAAGAACUCUUCAUAAGAUGAUUUCAACAAUCAAAGAAAAUUCUGAAUGUAAGGUUACAUUGUCAUGAGUGUUUUUCUUCCAAUUCUCUGUUUUCAUUCUUGAAUAUAACGUUUGUUAUAUGGUCUCCUUCGGUCUGUAAUGACUAUGGUAAAAUCCUUUUUGAUAUCAGCCCUCAGGGUUAGGCUAUGACCAGUCCAGUCAGUCCUAUGCGAAAAUGACAGUCUCUACCACAUAGGUCACAUCUGUAGGCUGGCUCAGGUAACGUUACUUUUCUCAUGAUUCACUCAGUCUGACUUCUCCGGGACCAUCAAAUAUUAAAAUGCGAGUGCCACAUCUUUU